AUACUGGAAGUUACACCUGCCGAGUUACCUAUGUACAUAACGUCUAUCAUAAGCCCGGGAGAAGCCUACGCCUGGCAUCAGAAUUCCAAACAGGAAGUUGUGAAACCAGUGCAGUUGUUUCCUUUGAGAAAAGACUGCUAGAAGACUUGAAGAAAUUAAUGCAUGAGUUGCAGUGCGGAAUUUGGCAGUGGGACAUGCAGUGCCACGCAGCCCCAGACUCAAAAGCAACGCUAACACAUAAGCUUACCUUCCAGUUUGUAGUUUUCCCUUUUACACUGGCCUUUACAGAGCCUUGUGAAAGUCCAGACUGUGAAAAUUCCUCCAAUUGUGUCCAAAAGGCACAUAACAAGAUUCUGCUGUUUUUGAGAGGGCAAAGAUCAGACGAUGAGCAGAUGCACUACGUUCAUGGAAGCCUUACAGGCUGGAUGACAGACCACUGCAAGCCAGGAUUUGGUAAAAACAUAAGCAAGGAUGUGUGCACAGAAUGCUGCAUAACAUGCCCACCUGGUAGAUUUAGUACUGAGUAUAAAACUGCGUGUACUCUCUGUCCACAUGGAUCUUACAAUGAAAAAUAUGGGCAAACAGCAUGCAAAAGCUGUCCAAAACAACACACUACUAACAGAAAAGGAGCCAAAACAGCAAGUGACUGUUACAGAACUCUGCAAAUCUGGAUAGUUUUCUUGAUUAUCCCGGCUGGAGUCAUCCUCAUCAUGCUGGCAUCUUGGCUGCUGUCGCAGCCGGGCUGCAGGCGGCGCCUGGCCGCCCGCUACGUGGAAGCGGACCCAGAACUGAAGGCGAAGGUGAAAACCUUGGCCAGCAUCGCCACUGAGGCGGCGAUUGAAGCACAAAGGAGGAAACUGAGGAGCCCCGCUAACAAUGACACGAGGCACCUGCCAAGACACAAGUGUGACUAUUUCCACGAAGAAUCUAGAGGAUUAUUAAGUAACGUCACAGUUACAGAAGCAUCGACCCACUUCAGCUCAGAUCGCUCCCUUAACUACGCGUGGCCAAAUGAAGCACAAAGCAGCUGGGAGGAAGGUGCUUCACACACCACUAGGGGGGAAGAAUAA